AUGUCAUCUGAUACGAUUACGACAGAAAUCCGAGAUGAAAAAGUAACUGAUGGUUCGCCAGUAGAUAAGUCUUUGAGUCAAAGCCCCGAUAUUCCACAGGAUUGGGAGAUGCUGUUACAUGACUCUGGAUUGACGAUCUACUACAAUAAAGUUACUUCUGUUGCCACUCUUUCUCAGCCAUUCUUAAUCAGUUUGGACGAAGUGAAAAGUACCCCUGUCCCUGUAUCAGCCCUUCCCUUGCUAAAAUUUCAAAGCCAUAACCAACGUCCAUCUAUUUCAUUUCAGCAAAGUUCCCCAAGUCCGAGGGAAAAUCUAGUCGAUUGCGAAGUUGCACAAGGUAAACAUCAUAGUGAACCAGGGGGAGAAACUUCAGAGGCUGAUAAAAAAGAAGAGGGUGAACUAACUUCAGAUGAAGAUAAUGAUUCGCGGGAGGGAUCUGUUUCUCCAUUACCGGCCAAACGCCAUUGUCAAGGUGGCAAGCAAUCAGAAAAAAGCUCGGAGCGUACGGCUAGUGUUAAAGAUAUCUCAGAACAAAAAAGUCCAUUUAAAGAUUAUGUAAAAAAUCAUCUGUUAAAUUUAAAAGUAUUAAAUCCAGACGAAUUGCGGCAGUAUUGCAAUUUGUUUCACAAUAAUGGACUCAGAAAUCGACAACGAUUUAAUAGAAGUAAUCGUUUAAUGCAAAUGCUGGGCGAUAAAGGGAGCACUUUAUUCGUACAGAAGGCCAAAGAACGCGUAAUUAGUAAUUUCCGAAAACCUCCAAUAAGUGUACUGCAUGAAUAUUGCCAAAGUGUACUCAAAGUGCAAUCUCAUUUCACUUCUAUGCCUUCAGGCAAUGACAAGUUGCCCUUCCAUUACGCAGUUGUUGUUGAUAAUAAAUACUACCCGACUGGAUCGGGAAGCAGCAAGAAAUCAGCUCGAUCUGAAGCAGGUGAGCUGUAG